CGUGUCUGGGGGGCAGGGGCUCGCCGGGCUCUGCUCCGGUCUCCUCUCCGGGUCCCGCCACAGCUGGGAAGUGGGAUCCGUGCGCCCCGCCUCUGAGGCUCCGCCCCGUCCCGUCCCAGCUUUACCGGCCAGAGGUCCCGGGGCCUCCGAGGCUGCCGGCCGGGGCUGGGCCGCGCGAUGUCGCAUGGAUCGGGGCUCGUCCGGACCACGUGCAGCAGCGGCGGCGCUCCGGGGCCAAGCCAGCCCUCGGAGGGACUGCUGGACCCGGUGUACCCGCGCACCCAGGGCGCCCUGCUCAAAGUGGCGCAGAUGGUCACCCUGCUGAUUGCCUUCAUCUGCGUGCGAAGCUCCUUUCCCAUUGACUAUGGCGCCCACAGCUUCUUUGAAGUUGUCACCAUGUGCGACCUGAUAAUGAUCCUGGUCUUUUACCUGGUCCACCUCUUCCGCCUCUACCGCGUGCUCACCUGCAUCAGCUGGCCGCUGUCGGAACUUCUACACUAUUUAAUCGGCACCCUGCUUCUCUUCAUCGCUUCCAUAGUGAUAGCCUCCAAGAACUACAACCUGGUGGCCGGAGCGAUCUUUGGGUUCCUGGCCAGCUUCCUCUGCCUCGCGAGCUUGUGGCUGUCCUACAAGGUCACCUGCAUAACCCAGUCAUCAGACAUAGCCGCCUGAUGAGACCAUAGCCUCUCCGUCCCCUCCGAAGGAUCUGCAGGAUGUAGACCCGCCCGCCCCAGGAAGACCCCAGGCAUGGCUAUGGACUUCAGGUGACAAGGCCUGUGCCUUCCCUGCUUUGCCAGGACACUGGGCUCCCGGGCAUCAAGCAGGUACAGCCUCCAUCCACACUGCUGCAGAGAACAUUCCUCCAUUCUGAGCCUUUAGCACCACUCGGAUACCAAGGACUAUGCUGUGCACUGUGGAGAGACUUCUGGAUCUGCCUGCGCAGAGACGUCUUUCUUCACACCCUCAGGACCGAGACCACCGAGAGUCGUCCCAGAGGCAGCAGACCCUAAUUUAUCUGGCCUGUCAAUCUGGUCUUGAAGAGUCUCUAUUCUAAGGGAGAAGCCAGAGGAAACAGUAUGUGGCCAUCCUGCCUCUCCCACCUUUGUCACUGCAAGAGGGCUGUGGUAGGCGUGGUGCAUGGUUUUUAAUAAAAUAUCAAAUGCAGCA